CACAAGCCUGGGACCACCAAGCAGCCUGUCUCCGUGGACGUCACCUGGCCCUGGGGCACUAGGGCGGAGCCUUCAGGGACCAUGGUGGGCCUGAAGCCCUCUGAGGUGCCCCCCACCACAGCCGUGAAGUUCCUGGGCGCAGGCACUGCAGCCUGCUUCGCUGACCUCCUCACUUUCCCGCUGGACACUGCCAAGGUCCGCCUGCAGAUCCAGGGGGAGAACCCAGUAGCCUUGGCAGCACCAAGUGUGCAGUACCGCGGCGUGCUGGGCACCAUCCUGACCAUGGUGCGCACCGAGGGCCCGCGCAGCCCCUACAACGGGCUGGUGGCCGGCCUGCAGCGUCAAAUGAGCUUCGCCUCAAUCCGCAUCGGCCUCUAUGACUCCGUGAAGCAGUUCUAUACCCCUAAGGGAGCUGACCACUCGAGUGUCACUGUCCGGGUUCUGGCAGGCUGCACCACGGGAGCCAUGGCAGUGACCUGUGCCCAGCCCACUGACGUGGUAAAGGUCCGAUUCCAGGCCAGUGUGCACCUGGGGUCCCGCAGCGACAGGAAGUACAACGGGACUAUGGAUGCCUACAGAACCAUCGCCCGGGAGGAGGGGCUCAGGGGCCUAUGGAAAGGCACUUUGCCCAACAUCACAAGAAAUGCCAUUGUCAACUGCGCUGAGAUGGUAACCUACGACAUCAUCAAAGAGAAGCUGCUGGACUCACACCUGCUCACAGACGACUUCCCCUGCCACUUCGUCUCUGCCUUUGGAGCCGGCUUCUGUGCCACGGUGGUGGCCUCACCAGUGGACGUGGUAAAGACCCGAUACAUGAACUCCCCUCCGGGCCAGUACCUCAGCCCCCUGGACUGCAUGCUCAAGAUGGUGGCCCAGGAGGGCCCCACAGCCUUCUACAAGGGGUUUACACCUUCCUUUUUGCGUCUGGGAAGCUGGAACGUGAUGAUGUUUGUCACCUAUGAGCAGCUGAAACGGGCUUUGAUGAAAGUCCAGAUGUUUCGGGAAUCUCCGUUUUGAACAAACCCCGGUAGCUCAUGUGGGACUGAACUUACGCAAAGCCAGUUAACAGCACAGAGCAUGGAUGCACACAGGUGCAGGCGCUGACUCACACAU